GUUUCUUGAGCAACAAAGCUUUAACUUAUCAUAAAUGAUACGAACAUAUUCCGAAACUACCAUAUUUUACGACAAUGUAAAAGUAAUUAAACGUUCUACACAGUCAGUUGUACCGAAAUAGUAAAAAACUGCUAUAUUGUCACGAUAGUUUACAUAUGUACUUACCUACACGUGUGUCUACUGCUAUCGUAACCUAAACACAGUCCGUGAAUAUAAAAAGAUUAAGAACUACGUAAAGAAAAACUUUGGAUUUAAAAUGUUUUUUUUAAAUUUAGUGAUGUUUUUAUGACGUUCCAACGAAAAUGAGGCCUAUUAUUCCAAAAGAAACAUUUGAAGUCCAUGCAACGCAUGGACCCUUUUAUACUGGAGGUCACAUUCAAUGGAGUAAGGAUGGACAAUACAUAUUCUGCCAAAAACAAGGCAUGGUUUGUUUUGUAUCUCUGAACGAAGAUACAGCAGUAACGUCUUAUCUUGGAGAAAAUAAAGACAAUGAAGAAGAUACGAUUAAUACUUUUACUGUGUGCAAUGAUGAUGUACAUAUAAUUACACAUCAUAAAAGCAGUCUUUUCAAAUUAUGGACCUGGAAAGAUAAUAAACUGAUAAAAUUGUGGAAGUCUAUGCACAAAGGUCCUGUGGUUUGCAUUGCGCAUUGCAGUGAAAGGAAUUUAAUGAUUUCUGGAAGCAGUGAUGGCACUGUUAAAUUGUGGGAUCUGGAUCGUCACGCUUGCAUUAAUAAUUUAAAAGGAGUUACUGGAGUCAUCAGUGUUCUGGCUUUCCAUCCAAUCGUUGGAAAGAACCUAGUUUUCGCGGUUGGAGACGAUUUCAAGAUCCAUGGGUGGAAUAUCGCCUCCGGCAAAGAAGAAAUUGUUCUUUCUGGUCAUUUCAGCAAAGUUACUUCUCUGUCUUUCCACAAAGAUGGAAAUUUUAUGGUCAGUUCAGGAAGAGACAGAGUGCUAAUUUUAUGGAAUAUUUCCACUGCGUUGUCUGUACGCGUCUUACCAGUUUACGAGGAAAUGGAAGACACGUUUGUUUUAUCCAGAAAUAUAUCGUUGCCUGUACCCAUGAAUGAUAAGAAGGAUAUUUGCGUGGCUGCUGCGGGAGAAAAAGGCAUUGUGAGGAUAUGGGAAAUGAGAAGUGGCAGGGAAAUGUACGCACAGAAAAAUUGCAUGUCAUCUGCAGUAAAAGAAGGAGAAAACCUUUCGAUUACUCGUUUGCUUCACAAUGAUCAAAACAAUACUUUUGCUGUAGUCACAGUCGAUCAUAAUAUAAUUGUUUAUUCGUUGGAGACUUUCGAAUGUUUGAAACAGUUAGUAGGUUACAGUGAUGAAAUUUUAGAUAUCGUGUACCUUGGCGAGAAUCAGAGUCACAUAGCAGUUGCUACUAACAGUUGCAACAUAAAAUUGUAUAAAGCAUCAAAUAUGAAUUGCGAAUUGCUAUAUGGGCAUACUGAUAUCGUUCUGUCUCUUGCGACCACUCCUGCUAACGCUUAUCUACUCAUUUCUUCUGCAAAGGAUAAUAGUGUUCGUGUAUGGUUGAUGAACAGAGAAACGGCGAAAGUAUCUUGUAUCGGAUCUGCAACCAGACACACUGCUUCUGUUGGCUCCAUUGCAAUUUCUCAAAUGUCUACUAAAUUCUUUGCUUCCGUUAGUCAGGAUUCGUGUCUUAAAUUGUGGAAUUUGGCAAAUGAUAUCGAGGAUUUAGGAGAGUCAUGCACCCUGAACGUAGUUCGUACAGUGUUGGCUCAUCAGAAAGACAUAAACAGUGUAACCAUUUCACCGAAUGAUAAGUUGAUUGCAACUGGGUCGCAGGAUAAAACAGCAAAAUUGUGGUCGGCGGAUGAUUUGCAAUUGCUCGGGGUAUUUAACGAGCACAGGAGAGGAGUAUGGUGCGUAAGAUUCUCUCCCAUAGAUCAGGUGCUUCUAACGACUUCUGCGGACUGUACGAUAAGGCUUUGGUCAUUGACCGAGCUCAAUUGCUUGAAAACUCUAGAAGGGCACGAAUCGUCAGUUCUGAAAGCAGAGUUUCUGACACAUGGCAUGCAGUUGAUAACAGCCAGUGGUGACGGUCUACUGAAACUCUGGAGUAUAAAAACAUCAGAGUGUCUAUGCACUAUGGAGAAACACGCAGAUCGCGUAUGGACACUUGCAGUCAGCAAAGAUGAAAAAACUGUAAUCAGCGGUGGAAGCGAUUCAUUGAUAGUUGUUUGGAAAGACGUGACUGAGGAGAGGAAAAGGAAAGUCGAAGAAGAAGCGAAGCAACUUGCACUGGAAGAACAACACUUGAAAAACUUACUCGAAGCAAAUAAAUUGGGUUCAGCUUUGAUUUUGAGCUUGAAACUGGAACGACCUAUGCAAGUUCUUAAAAUCGUUGAAAGUAUUCUAAAGACUAAUAAUUGCCCACUCAUGCAAACAAUUAGUGAAUUGAAGCCUGUUUAUAAGGAAAAGUUACUUAAAUGCGCCACAGCGUGGAAUGCUAAUAGCAAAAAUUGUCAAGUAGCCCAGGUCGUUAUAAACGCUUUAAUGAUGGACCUGGAUAACGAAGAAUUUCAAACUAAAUCAUCCUUUAUGCUGGAGUCCAUGAUACCAUAUACUGAAAGACAUUAUUCAAGACUAACAAAAUUAUUGCAAAAUUUACAUUUAUUUAAUUAUACGUCAAACUGCAUAAAACCACAUAUCGUGUCCAUAGAUACCAAAGGAAUAUAAAUUGAUCAUAUACAAUAUACAGAA